UCAGUUUUGACUAAAUCACUUAUGUUUUAUUCAUUUUUAUCAUUGGAUCGUCAAUUGAACAGUAUUAUUUGGACUGUGAAAUGGAGGAGGAAAGAUACGAGAUAUUGAAGGACCUUGGUUCUGGAAACUUUGGAGUGACUAGGUUGGCUAAAGACAAAAAGACAGGAGAACUUGUUGCUAUCAAAUACAUUGAAAGAGGAUAUAAGAUUGAUGAGAAUGUUCCAAGGGAGAUAGUUAACCAUCGAUCUUUAAGGCAUCCAAAUAUUAUCAAGUUCAAAGAGGUAUUUGUGACACCAACUCAUUUAGCUAUUGUCCUGGAGUAUGCUGCUGGUGGUGAACUUUUUGACAGGAUAGCCUCUGCUGGUCGACUCAGUGAAGACGAGGCAAGAUUUUUCUUCCAACAACUAAUAUCUGGAGUUAGCUACUGUCAUUCCAUGGAAAUUUGUCAUAGAGAUCUAAAAUUGGAGAACACUUUAUUGGAUGGAAGUCCAGCUCCUCGAGUUAAAAUUUGUGACUUUGGUUUCUCCAAGUCCUCUUUACUCCACUCUCAGCCCAAAUCAACAGUUGGAACUCCUGCAUAUGUUGCACCAGAGGUUUUGUCUAGAAAAGAGUAUGAUGGAAAGAUUGCAGAUGUUUGGUCAUGUGGUGUGACUCUUUAUGUCAUGUUAGUUGGAUCAUACCCUUUUGAAGAUCCAGAAGAUCCUAGAAAUUUCAGAGCGGUUAUUACGAAAAUAAUGAAUGUUCAAUACUCCAUACCUGACUAUGUGCACAUAUCUGCAGAUUGUAGGGAACUUAUCUCUCGUAUUUUUGUUGCCAAUCCAGCUAAGAGGAUCACAAUCUCAGAGAUAAGACAACACCCUUGGUUUGGGAAGAACAUGCCCAGAGAGAUAGUUGAGGCUCAAAGAAAAGGUUACAAUGAUAUACAGAUAGACCAAUUACCAAGCCAACAAAGUGUGGAAGAAAUCAUGCGGGUCGUAGGAGAAGCAAGGAAACCAGGGCUGGAAGACAAUGGUGGAACAAGCUCAUUUGGUGUUAACGUUGUUCAAUGGAUUGAAGAGGAGGUUGAUGGUAGUGAUGACUUUGUCCAAGUCCAACUUACUUGACCAAAGUCUUAAUUAAUUUUUGUGGUCACAAGAUUUGUUUUGCAAUUUUAUGUACUAGUAAUCUUCACAUUUUGGGCACAAAUAAGUUAUCUUAAACAAAACACAAAAC